GUGACAGUGGUACUGAAUCCCGAGUGUUUGGCACUGAAGAAAAUUAUUAGGAAGAGUAAAUUGUUCAAUUUUUCCCUAUUGGAAAGAGCUAAGUGCUCUCUUAAAUUGUUGUAAAUCAUUAUUUUGCUCGUCUUUAACUAUAAAAUCCAUCAUUCAAUUCGAUUCAUCGCGUAAUUCGACAGGAAAUGGCAAACUACGGAGACAAUCAUCGGCGUUUUCUCAAAUCCCUCAUGGCCAUGAACAAUGUGGUGGCCCAAAAGAAGGCAGUUGAGCUUUAUUGCACUUGCAGAGACCAGGGCAGCAAUGAAGAGAGUAUUGCACCAUCCCAAGAUGCCACAGCUGAAAAGGCCAUCUCCAAAUUCAUUGAGCAAAUCAACUCAAAAAUUGAGCCCCUGAACUUGUCCAUCAAGCUGGUGGUGUGUGAGUCCACCAAUAAAAAGUUCUACAUCCUGCAUACCUUGAGCGAUAAUGAACUCACAAAAACAAUCGCUGGCCGUCAGUGGGGCCGGAACGAGAGAGCUGUUUUGAAGACUGUGAUCAAGGCCGUCUGCAAAAGUCCAUCUGGCAAGGUGUCUGUUUCUGCUUGUGCCAGAGAGUGUGCCGAUCUCCCUGAUAAAAUCAAGAGAAACGAUGUGACUAAGAUUCUGCAAAAGCUUAUUUCACAAAACUGGCUUUGCGAGGUCGGUGAUCAAAUUUACAUUGGCCCAAGGGCUCUGGCUGAGAUCAAGAGGUACCUGAUGGAUGAGUUUGAGGAUCAGGCUGGCACUUGCAAACUCUGCCAUGAAAUGACUCUUAGGGGCCCUUCUUGUCCAUCUAAGUGUGGUGUGCGAGUGCACCAGAGUUGUUUGGAACUGUACUUUUCAAAGGGUGCCAGCAAGAAAUGCAUGGGGUGCAAAAAAGAGUGGGCUCUGGCCAAAGGUUCAGCAGUGCAGCAGGUAGAAGAGGAUUCACCCAUGGAGGAGGAAGCCUCAGACGACGAAAUGGAUUGCUAAUUUUGCAUCUUAAAUCUUUAACCAAGAAGAAAGGUUGGUGAUGUUUCAUUGCUGUCUUUGCAUGCAGAAGUAAUAUGGAAUAAUGUAAUGCAUAUAGAGACUCGAGAACAGGAAUUUAAAUAAAAAUCACUAUUUUGAACAAUUUGCAUUAUUAUCCUGCUUUACUCAAGCUACAAUUUCAAAUCUGCGCAUACAUAUUUACAAAUAAACGCUCACUUAUGCUCUUAAAUGGUGUUGCGACUUAAAAUUAUCUCCUGCUGGCGUAAGGCAAAAAUAUUUACGUUUUUGCGUCCUUGGUAGAAGAACCGCCUCUAAAUUCUAUUAUAGUUUU